GAUUGGCCAUACAUAUAUCUUUUAAAAAAUUUACCUAUUGAAGUUUAGUAAAUUAACUGGAUUUGGAUUUACUACAUUAUCUGGUAGUGAUCACUGACUAACGGACAUACACACAUAUGAUAGACAGAUAAUUUUAUUCAUGUAAAACAAUUUGUUCAACUCAAUGACUAAGUUCAAGUUCUAGAUUAGAACUUUGUAAAAAAUUAUCAAAAUUAACUUUCUGAUUUAUAAAAAUACUUUUUUAAUAAUGUAUAUACGAGAAACAGAAAAGAAAAACUGUAUUUGUUAGUUUUUAUUAAAGAAUUGAACUAAUACAUACACGCAACGUCCCUCUAAACAUGUGGUGUUUAUUUUGAGAUACAGUAGUGAAAAAAAUUCAUGAUAAAAAUUUAGUUAGUUUCGUCUGUUCAAAAGGCCGGAUAGGGUUGGUACUUAGUGUGGAAAUUCUUCCUGUCCAAGUUCGGAUUUGUGAAGGAGCUGCUGGGUGGAAUGACAGAGGCGCAGCCUACUGCUGAAGUAGAUAAGCGUAAAGUUCGAACAAAAAGAACCCGUCGAGAAUAGUUUACCCGUGGAGGUGGUUUUAGUUACAUUUUUGAAGAUUUAAAGCAAAAGAAUCAAGAUGAAUAUUCGUUGUGCAAGACCUGAGGACUUGAUGAACAUGCAACACUGCAAUCUACUCUGUCUUCCAGAGAAUUACCAGAUGAAGUACUACUUCUAUCAUGGGUUAUCUUGGCCCCAACUGAGCUACGUGGCUGAAGAUGAAAAGGGACAGAUCGUCGGUUACGUGCUUGCUAAAAUGGAAGAAGACAGUGAAGACAACCCUCAUGGACAUAUUACGUCUCUGGCAGUCAAAAGAUCUCAUCGUAGGUUAGGUCUCGCUCAGAAGUUGAUGGAUCAGGCUGCUCUGGCGAUGGUGGAGUGCUUUAACGCCAAGUACGUUUCUCUACAUGUGCGGAAGAGCAAUCGUGCUGCUUUGAACUUGUACACUAACACAUUGAAGUUUGUGAUUUCCGAAAUAGAGCCAAAGUACUAUGCCGAUGGUGAGGACGCCUACGCUAUGAAGCGUGACCUGCAGAAGAAUCAUGGGACUUCUCUAAUGAACUCUGGGAAGGGGGAUGCUGCAGAAGUCAAUGAUGAUAAUAGAGGAGUUGUGUCUGAAAGGCUGUAAUGGACUAUUACGGAAUGUCGCAAUAGAUUGCUUAUUUUACUGUUAAUAAAUAUUGUUUAAGGAU